AUGCAAUCAUCUUCCGAUUCUCAUCCCAUCAUUAAAAUUAUAAAAAUCAUUCAUGGGAGUGAGAUUAGACGUUUUUACUUUUCUCCGAGUAGAAUCAAUACAUUGCAACAAUUACAUGAAAAGAUUAGGGAAAUAUUUGGAUUGGCUAGUGAUUUUAGAAUUAUUUUGGUAUUUGGAGCAAACAAGGUCAUCUCUUCCGAUGAUUCUCUGUUGUAUUUGAUAGAGAGUGCUAUGGCUGAUCAAAGUGAUUUGAUAUUUAAAUUGGUGGAUAAGGAACCUGUGGUGGAGAAUGUUGCGCUCUCUGUUGAGGAUUUCAUAUCAAAGGUUCAGACAAUGACCAAGCAGUUGAAUAUUAAUGAUAAGGGCAUUCUCCUCAACAAGUGUCUGAAUUAUUUGGAAAUUGAAUUGAAUAAUGCAAAGGCAAUUGUACCCACUGCUGCAGUGGAGAAUACAGGGAAUACUCUUGUGGAGACUCCUACUGAAAAGACAAAAUAUGGACAGAAGUUGGCUAAAUUUAUGGGUGAUGUCACAAUACCUGAUCAAACUGUUAUCAAGCCAUCUACUAAAUUUGUAAAAACAUGGAAAUUUAAGAAUUGUGGAAAUAGACCUCUUCCAAAGAAUAGUAGGCUCAUGUUCUUGAAAGGAAACAAGCGAGUGAAUCAUUUCAAUAGUCCUCCUUUUGUGGAAUUGGGAAAUACAGAAAAUCAAAUCAACCCAGGUGAUGAGUUUGUUGUUUCAAUAGAAUUACAGACCCCAGAAACCGAAGGUGUAUUAUCAUCCUAUUUCAGAAUGGCAGAUGAAAAUAGUGAACCAUUUGGGCAAAAGGUUUGGGUUUGUGUGAAUGUUGUCAAAUAA